GCAACUGUUCACACCCAUACAAAUAACCUUCAAGUUUUGUUAUCAAGGUCAAUUUCUGUGUUCUGCUGCUCCUUGGUCUCUAGGACUUUCAAACCAAGUGUUAUUAAUCGCAGUUUUUCAGGUUCUUGUACAAAAAUGGCAAAAUAUACAAUCGUUAUGGUUCGUCAUGGCGAAAGUGAAUGGAAUCAGAAAAAUUUAUUCUGUGGUUGGUAUGAUGCAAACUUAAGUCAAAAGGGGGAAGAAGAAGCUGCUUCAGCUGGCGUCGCUUUAAAAAAUGCCAAUCUGAAAUUUGAUAUUGCUCACACAUCUGUUCUAACGAGAGCUCAGAAAACGUUGGCCGCAGCCUUGAAAGGCAUUGGCCAAGAAGACAUUCCAAUUCACAAAACCUGGCGUCUCAAUGAAAGACAUUAUGGCGGGCUGACUGGGUUGAACAAAGCUGAAACUGCUGCCAAGUAUGGAGAGGAACAGGUGCAGAUUUGGAGGAGAAGUUUUGAUGUACCUCCCCCAGCCAUGGAGAAAGACCACGCUUACUACGAUGCAAUUGUGAAUGACCCUAGAUACGAAAAAGAGCCACCUAAAGAUAAAUUUCCAAUGUUUGAAUCGUUGAAAUUAACCAUUGAACGGACACUGCCCUACUGGAAUGAUGUUAUUAUCCCUCAGCUAAAAGAAGGGAAAAAAAUCCUAAUAGCAGCUCAUGGAAACAGUUUGCGAGGAAUUGUUAAACAUUUGGACAAUAUGACUGAAGAAGCUAUCAUGGGUCUUAAUCUCCCCACUGGAAUUCCAUUUGUCUAUGAGCUUGAUGAGAACUUUAAGCCUGUCGUUUCAAUGAAGUUCUUGGGAGACGAAGAAACGGUAAAGAAAGCUAUGGAAGCUGUGGCUGCACAAGGAAAGGCCAAGUAACAUUAUCUGUAAAUGAAUUUAAAGGGAAUAAGUUAACCCGUUAUAAAGCUUUUAUUCCAAUGGAUAUAAAUAUGUGUAAUGUACAUUGUAGGUUUUGUUAAGCUUAUCAAAAAUUUUAAUGUUGUUCAAAGGUUUAUUGCGGACAUUUUCCAUCACGAAUGUAAAAAACAAUACACAACGUUUCGGGAUCUGGAAUCUGAUCCCGUCUUCAGGUGAAAAAACUUAACUAACACAUUACAACUAACAAUACACAAACGCCCAACCUAAGUUGGAAUACACUACCGAGGGUAGUAGUCAAAAAAUAUGCACUGUAUAGCAGUCAAGUCAUGAUACAACAUGCAAUUAAUAACAAAUCACAAAACACUAUAAUCUAUAAAAGGUUUACGUACAAAAAACUCACAUAAUGGAACACUAACAACCUUUGAACAACAUUAACUCACCAUCACCAACAAUGAACUUCAAACAAAGGACAAAAAUUUUAAAUUAUUAUUUGUUAGGAGAAUAUACAUUUCUAUUAAAAGUUAUUGACAUAAAAUGUCUAACACUGUAAUUUAUUGAAAUCUAUGUUUGCAUACUAUUUUGAAAUGUAUUUUAAACAAUAUUUUGUAUGAAUUAUUUGGGGUAAUAUUUUUAGUUUAAUUAGUUUUGAGUACCUGUACCUAUUUUAAUUAUUCCCAGAGGAUUUUCUUUAGAUUACUCAUACUUAAUGUGAACAUAUACAAAUGCAUCAAAAUAAUACACUAAUUUGACAAAAA